UUGUUAAGAAUAGUCAUACAAAAAAGACUAAAAAUUUACAAAUAUAAUUUCGUUUUACAAUAGUCUAUAUAUUAUAAAAAAGAAGUAAGAAAUGAAAAGUUGAAAAAGAAAUCUAAUAAUUAAAAUAGAGAAGAGGAAUGACAGUGUACGCGGAUGAACAAGAAGAAUGAAGAGAAAAUAUUGAUAAAAGAAAAAAAGAAGAAGAAGUAGAGGCGUAAGAGUGGGAAAGAAAAGCAAGUUUUGAAGAGCGCUUGCGCCCAUUUAAUGGAAACGUUGGUUCUCUCGGUCGUUGUCGGUGAUCUUUCGCCGCCACCGCCGCCAACACUCGGAUAUUCAGCCGGUGUUCAGGCGUGUCGCCCACUUUGGGCUCAGUGAGCCGGUGUAGGAGCGCCGCGACGCCUAAAACAGCAGCUUUGACUCUACGCUGUCGUUGUCAUCGUCAUCGUCGUCAUCGUCGUCUAUAUUUUCGUCAUUGUCGUCCUCAUCGGAAAGCGACCGUAUCGACACUAACACUGUCAUCGCAGUUGCCACCGCCUUUUCGUCGUCUUUCUCCUCAUUUUCGUCUUUGUCGCCCUUGUCAUCAUGUUUGUCGUUCACACUUACAUUUUGCACCCGAUUUUCACGUUUUUAUUGUUAUCCUAACGCGUUGUCUUCGCCACGAAAUCACCGCCACCAACACCAUUACCACUACCAGCAGCCAAUAUCAUCGCCGGGUUGUGUCUUACAUCAUCGUUUAGCCGAUCAUAAAAACGCGAAGCAGGUUACACAUGCAAUCAUCAUAUUUGGUGUACCGCGAGCUGCCGACGGGGAGGUGAUAGGAAGAACUUACGAAUUAUCUAAGAUAAUUAAAAUUUGUAGCUUGGAGCAUAGAAAUGUGGACUCGUGGGAACUCGAAGAUUAAACAAUUCACAUAUAUGCAUAUCUCACAUACCAAUGAAGUGUGAUACUUCAUUUAUUCAAUCGAUAAAUUAUUGGCAUUUGUGCAUUAACGAUGACAAUUUUUCUUGUCAACACGUCGAUUGUCACUGUCAUUUUUUUGGAUGUGUGGGAAGUUUCCUCAUAUGAUCAUCAAAUUCACACAAAAUUGGUGUGACAUCAACGUUUUUCUUGCGUAUACGAGAAUGAGAGAAAGGAAAGUAAAUAUUUAAUAACUAAUUCGUAAAAUGCAAUGUGCGACCUGACCGGACUCUGGACCGACAUUCAAUCGGAUUGUCCUGAUCUACGCGUAUGCUUCAAACACUUCAAACGUUCCGAACUUGGAAAAUGCUCCGCUGGCGAAGCAACGUUGGGAGAAGGCGUAUGAUACACAUCAAUAUUAAAGAUCUCCAUUCAAUGAUUUUAUGGACCUGCCGAUAUCUUAAUUCUUUGGCUUAAAAGAACACUCUGCCAGGUGAAUCCGCAGUGAUAACUACUUUGAAGUAAACGUUCCAGAAUGAACGUAACAACAGCAGCCCACGGUGCUGCGAGUACCCUUGCCGAGUUUGUAGGCCUCGAGGAAAACGUAAGAAUGGAUAAAAGUGGCGGUAUUAUGGACGGAGACCUUGGCGUCUCACCAGUCACCCUAUCACCAGCUUGGUCCAGAGUCGCCCGGCUUCUUUUACUGGCUUCUCUUGCGGUUGGUGGAAGUGUCGGCAAUGUCUUCAUGAUAUCCGCAAUAGUUGUCGAAGAUCAAUUGAAAAAACGAGGAAAUGCGUUUCUAGUAAACGUUGCUUUGGCGGACCUAUUGGUGACCGGCCUUGUAAUACCGGUGUCCGUUAUCGUGAUCCUGGCAGGACACGAAGAAUCUUUAAGCACCUGCCGCUUUGAAUGGACUCUCGAAGCGCUUUGCUUUCUGGUCACCGUGCUAACUUUGACCACGAUAGCAGCCGAGAAUUACGCUCGCCUUUGUUUACCCCCUGAAAGAUACAGCUUUCUAACAGCGAGCCGAGUGACAGCCACUAUAAUCGUCAUUUGGCUCAUUGCGGUGAUCGCUGUGAUUCUUCAAUCAUCUAUCAACGUCGGACCAGACUUUUGCCUACGAAAAUUUGGCGGUAUAACGAUGGAGCAAAUAGUGGGUGUAACGAUAUUGGUCGGUUUACCUGCUGUAACAAUUACCUUGCUUUAUGCGAUGCUCGUCUUGUGCGUACGCCGAGCAACGAGGGGAUCCUACAAACCACCGAUCGCCUUUUCUUGGGACUACGAAUUAACUAAAGCGAACAUAUACAGCUGCUUGAUGUUUAUGAUAUUUUGGUUGCCCUUCGGCGCUGCCGUAUGCGUGAAUUCGUUUCGACCGAUGAGUGCUCAUGUUCUCUAUGGCCUAGCCUGGUUCGCCUUUUCCAAGUCUUGCUUCAAUAAUCUUCUCUACUGUGUGGCCGAUCGACACUUCCGCAGCGCCUACGUAAAGCUCUUUCAUUACUGCUGCUGCAAAACGACCGUGAACUUCUCUAGAAGAACGCGCGCCGAUGCUGGCAGGAAUUCUAGUGACGUGCGUUUAAGGGUUCAUAUCAUCCAUUCUUACGCGAGUCCGGGUUCCUGUAGACCUACUGUGACCAGACCGAACGGACGUGAAGUCUACGAGCUCUAAAACGGCUUUCUAUUAAUGUUUGCUAUUUCCUUUCUUUUGUGUGCCCUACCUCUCACUCCCCACACACGCUACUUAUGCUAUGAGAACAUCUAACUCGAGUAUUCAUUUUUCUUUUUCUGUCUCCUGAAAUCAAUUGUGGAGAAAAUGAAUUCGUCCAUAAGAGUAGUUACGGAAUAAACUUUCAAACACUCUCUAUUUUCAGCCAAGUAUAUACGAAGGUUUAUUGCACUUGAGCGCUCUUGCGCGCACACGAUACACGUGACUGGCUUCCAAUUUGGAAAUGCUAACGCGAUUCUCCGAUUUCUAUCCACUUAAAGUUUAUCGUCCUUUUGUCUUUCUUCUGUUAUUCUUGACACGAGGUGUAGUACGCACAAAAUGAGAAAAUUAUGACAUUGAUGGGUCUAUAUCAAAUCUAUAUUUCGAACGGACCAUCGUCACCGAUACGAAUUUGUAUAAAGAAUUUUGUCUUGUUUUAAAACGAAAGAGAGAAAGAGAGACACACGAAUUUACGAUGAAUUUCUAAGGAAACAGAUGUUUCGAGAAACUCACACAUGCCUUGUCUAUUUCCGUCUUCGUUUCCGUUAACAAAGAAAUACAUAUCUUUUCAAAUUGUAUUGCUGACAUAGACACAGUUAUAUUGAUGAAUAUAUCAUCGAGACUAAUCUCAUAAAAAAAUGAAAUACGUAUCGAUGAAUGUUUAUACAGUUUUUCUAACCAUAUUAUAAACCUGUUUUCCGUUUAAACAAAUCAGUAAAGAAAAGAGUCGCAUUCGAAAGAGUCUAUAAUAGAAGAAAAGAAAACUCUAUAUUCAAAAAUAGAUAUAGAGUUAUCUCAUUGAGAGCUGUCUGAACCCUCGUGACUCCGUCCGAUUUCGUUAUCCGUCCUUGUUCGAUUAAAAGGAUUCAAAGUUAUAAGUUUUUUUUAUAACAAAGCUGUCUCUUAGUUACGCAUCGUGACGCAGAAAAAUUUGAAAAUUUCGUAAUAAGAUUGUUUUAGGGAUGUAGAAUUUCCUAAGCACAAUAUUAAUUUAAAACGUUCUUUUCCUCGUCAUUUAAUAUAAAGAUUUUUAUAUUUUAGGACAACAUUGAAUUUUCGAUUAGAAGAUUUUAGAUUUCAUUAUAAUGAGAAGAAGAUUGUUUUUUUGUUCUCUUUCUCUUUCUCCCUUUCUGUCGUCUUUUAUGUUUCUCUUUGGAUGAAAUCUGCUGUGCUUAGAUGGCGUUUUAAGAGGAAGUCAGAAGUUGACGGAAAAUAGAUUUGAUUUAUGUUAGAGUGGAAAACGAUUAUCUAAUACUAUCAAGAUGAACGAAAAUAAUUUAGGACAAUAUAUAUUAAAGCAACACGGAUCUUCAAGUUUCGAGAAUGAAAUAGUGUCAUCGAUCAAUCGUUAUGUCUGAAAUUGUGGUGGCGCUACCUGUCGAGGUAGUGAAGGGAAAAGAGGAAAGCAUUCGUAAAGGGCAUUCGUAAGCUUUAAAGGGGCUGUACUUUCUUGCUAGCGUUCGAUGUGGAUUAAUCGCCACUCAUAUUAAUUAAUUAUAUUAGCUGUUCCUUGAUGACUUACAAAAUUAUGAUUUUCAACGGUCUAUCUAUAUCUAAUUUAGUAUUACUCUUUUAUGCAAUAGAAACGCAUAUCAAUUAAUUACGCUUUUCUUGAAAUUUACUUUAUUUUAUACACUCGACUGCACUUUCUAUAAAAUACGUUUAUAAAUUUUUGAUUCGCUCUGAAAUAUUACCAGUAGAUAUCUAUCAAAUUGGUUCGUUUCCUCGACGCGAAAUGACAAAUUAAUCGAUCUAUAUCGAACCAAGAAUAUAGUGAUACUUUGAAUAUCUAACGAUUCAAUCGAUUUGAAUAAAAUUCAUGUUAUUAUCAUUUUUUAUUCUUUUAUGAGCACGUAUUUACGUAUAGAAAAGUAUUUCAAAUAUUUUCCAUUUCAUCUGGUAAUUUUCCACUUUAUAGAUCAUUGAAAAUCAUUACAAAACCAUGAUCUCGCAAAAUUAAUUCUUAUUUAGAUAGAUAAAUUUUAAAUAGAUUUUUAAUUUUUAAUUACGAGAUUAAACUUACGAGACUUUUAUUUCUUAACGUGUAAUUUUUCUACGUCAUUUUAAGGCUAAUUGAAUUUCUUGAAAUCUUGCUAUUAUAAUAUCGCUGAAAUUAGUAUAUAUUCUAUAUACCACAUAUAUUUUUUUAGCUUAUAUCUAAAAAAAAGGUAUAAAAAGUUUUGUACAAUUCUCUUGUGAAAAUUUCAUAUCCGUGUAUUUAAUGAAUUAUUAUAUUAAUCUCAAUAAUGAUAUUAGAGAUUGGAAUAGACUUUCGGGAAGAUAGUAUGUAUUCUCUCUCCGUUUAUCAAAUGGUACUUAAAUUCACGAAACAUUUCUUAAAAAAUUAAACAAUAUAUUAAGUUGAACAAUAAAUAAUGUCAACAUUUACGACCAAAAAUAUUGAAUAUAGUAUUGUUUAUUCGUAGAAAAUGUUGAAAAUUACAAUAUUACUUAUUGGCCAAUCUAAUACUAACAAUAGCGAAAAAAUUGAACUCCGAACAAGAUAACAUCUUUUGAAAACGUAUCUAUAUGUAUCAUUCUAUACGUGAAAGAAUGUUUUCAUGGACGUUAUACAUUUCUAUUCCAAAUCGUAAAUAAAUCUUGCUCUAUUCUGUGAUUAAAUUCGCGCAAAACAUAUAAUCGUAUUUAAUCAUUAAAGAAAUUAUCGUUUAUGACAUUUUUUAUUACAUUAUAUAUGCACACAUUUACAACACACGAUAUUUUUGUGUCAAAAGUUUUUUGCAUAUAUAUACAUAUGCACUUACAUACAGUGUGCAAAUAAUUCGAUAUUAUUAUUUGCAUUCGCAUAAUUUUUAAAUCCAAAGAAAAAUGAUGAGAUCGAUAAGUGAUUUUAUCUUUGUGCUAUUAGAACUCUAGUUUCGGUUACUCCCGAGCACGAUAACUUUAUAGCACGAGAAAAUAUUAGCUCUGUCAUGUCUGAAAAUAAAUACUUCUUAUCUGCAUAUUGUGAUCAAGUAUAUUUUACGACGAAAUUUUUUAAAGGAAAAGAAAGCAACAUAAUCAAAUCAAUCUCUCUUUGGACAUAUGAAAUAAAGAACUGAAUUUAUUUUUUAAUCCAAUUAUACAGUGUGAGGCAGCUACGAUAAAACAAAUUACGAAAUGAUCAAAUCAGGAGAAAUAUGUCGUAUUUUAUUAAAUCUUUAAAUAUAACACACUCUCUCUCUCUCUCUCUCUCUCUCUCUCUCUCUCUUUCUCUCUCACUCUCUCUCUCUCUUUCUCUCUCUCUCUCUCUCUUUUAUAUUUAGUAAUUUAAAUAAAUGUAAUAAGUGUUUCAAACUCAACAAACAAAACGAUAUGUUUCUCAUGAUAUAUCUUAUAUACGUAUAUAUAUUAUAAGUAUAUAGUUCGUCUAGUAAACAUUGAUAAAUUAUGAUAAUGACGUAUAUAUAUACUUAUGUAUAUAAUAUAUGUAUAUACUUAUAUAUUUCUCAUGACUGUAUAUCUCUAAAUAUUGUAUUUUACAAGCCUUCUGUCAAUCUGUGAUCACAUUGUUAAAUAUGAUCGAAUCAUAUUAUGGUCGAUGUACGUAUGUAUGUAAGUCCAAGUAACAGCUUUCGAAUUCGACACGAUUAAAUCGCUAAAACGCGAUCGACGGAUCGUACGACUCGAGAAACGGGACCAGGAUCAAAAACAAGUUUGUCGUGCUACUACUUCUUACCAUUUACUUCUUUACUACACUUAUCCUGCAUGUAAAUAUAUACAGGAUGAAAUAUAAUGAAUAAAACGUGACCAAUUAAAGAUUGAUUGCUUGAAAAUUUUCUUCGUUUCCAAUGGACUUGGAAAUCUUUCUUUAACUCGUACAAAUUUAUAUAUGAUUCUAUAUAACAUUGAUAAUAGCAUUCACAAGUUUAUUUUUUCUAAGCAAUUUGUAAAAUUCAAGUUUAAAAAACAUGUAGAUAAAAAAAUUGAUCACGUUAUACAAUUUACCGACAUUACGCACGAUAUUCGUAAUCUAUAAAUUCGAAUCUAGUUUUUCUCUAUAGUGAGUAAUAUCUCCCUUCGAGCUUGAAUCAUAUUUAUUUAUCUGUAUUUCAUUUACCUGUUAAUUUAUAACCAUGGGUUAUAAAUUAAAUUCUGUGACUUAUUUUUCUUAUACUUCAUCAUCAACCUCUAGCUACGCUAAAUACGUAUCCAUCUUACAAGUAUGUGACGCAUCAAAGGACAGAAUUUUCAUAUGUAGCCUGGAGAAAGAUAUUACACACUUCAAAAAUGAAAAGAAAUAAAGAUAUAUGAAAAUGAUGUUAUUAAAUUAGGUCCUUACACAGAAACUUAUAAUUAGUAAAAAAAAUCUUUGUCAGUUCAUACUAUGUAUUUGACUGUAACGAUAUAAAUGUACAUGUAAUAAGUAUAAAUAAGUUAUAUACAAGAGUGUAUAUGCCCACGCAUACACACACGUGAGGUACUUCACGUAUUCAAAAAUCGAUACUCCAAAUAUUCGGCCAUAUCAAAGAGAUAUUCAAUGUUCAUUUCUUCAAAAUUGUUUCAUACAUGUUGUCGGCUAAAUUAAAUCAAUUCGAUCGUUUCUUCAAUACCGACACAGUAUCCGUCCAAGGAAAAAUUCAAAAUUUAUAAAAAAUAUCUACAAUCUAUUUGUAUUAAUUUUAGAUCUAUAAUCCCCCUCACUAUAAAAAAGAAAAAAACAAUUAUAUUUCGUAAAAUACAAUUUAUAUUUAUAUAAAAUAUAAAUCUUUUUUGUAUAAAAUUACAAUUACGAAUAUUUUUGUACGGUAUGAGAGGGAUAAUUUACGAAAAAGCCUAAAGUGUGCGUGUAUGCGCGUGCUCGUGUAAAUAAGACAACAAUAAUAUAAACCAUGAAUGAAAACUGUAUAGAAUCAAAGAACUAAUUACAUACGAUACUCAUUAUUGAUCUUAUAAGAAAUUAUGAGCUUCGUCCGUCACCGGAGAUUCAUUAAUCUCGUAUUGCGAUCUGUCUAUUCUCGUGCAAGUAAAAAUCGGUAAUUAAUUGUGAACUGUCUAAAUAUAUUUAUAUAUUGCAUUAGUAUAUCUGUAAUAAAAUUAUGGUCGCGAUAAAUGUAUUCCAAAUUAAAAAAUCUGUAAGCAAUGAUUGGAGGUCCUACAUAUACUUAAAAUAAUAAACUUAAACGACAAGUAUAUGUGAUAUAUACAGGAUCUCUCAUUUUAAACGAUAUGGCUAAAUAUCUCCUAUCCUAUUAUUUUUAUAAACAAAUGUUUCAAAUAGAAGUUGUUAAGUUUUAAUGUGGAAAUGUAAUAUGUAUUGCAGCUAUUUCAUAAAACAGGCUGUUGUCAAGAUACGGAAGUCAUAACAAUUUUUUUACAUGAAAAUCGAUAUAUUAAGCCUGACAAAAAUUGUAGAGAAUAUAGUACUAAUCUACCGACCAUCUGCAGUAUUUUUUCAUCGAUAUUCAAUCAAUUUAUUUUAGAAGUUUAACAAACUGAUCAAUUUACCUGUAAACAUCUGAUAAGCAAUGAAUUCAUUGAUCAAUUUUGUUUUCUAUUUGUAUGCAUUUUUUUCAUACAUUUUUAAAGUUGUUAUCAUUUGAAACGCAAUGCUCUUCAGCAGUCAUAAAGGACAUUAAAGCAAUUAUACAGUUCGUUAAACUUCAAGGCGCCAUAACUUGAUGAAAUAUUGAUAUUCUCUACAAAUUUUGUUCAGCUUAAAAUAUCGAUUUCCACAUAAAAAAAUUGUUAUGCCUUCUGCACAUUGAUAACAGCACCCUCUAUGAAAUAGUUGUAAUACAUAUUACAUUUCCACCUCAAUAAUUAGCAACUUUUAUUAAAAAUUAAUUAUUUAUAAAAACAAUAGGAUUGGAGAUAUGAUAUUUGAUCAUGUCGUUUAAAAUGAGAUACCCUAUGUGUAUACAUAUGUAAAUAUAUAUAAAUGUACGUAUGUAUACAUAAAUGUUCGUAAUCUCAAACUGAAAAUAAGAGGAAAAUGGAAUACAUUCACGUAUACUUCGCUAUUCUUUAUUAUCCAUCUAGAAAUUAAUAAAAAAGAAGAAUCAUAGCUUACUUUAGAAUAAUGUAUGAAAUCCCUCUACAAUUGUAGAAUUAAUCAAUUAAUUAAUUCUGCUCAAAAGACUGACAUUGCGCCGUCAUUAUACAAAAUUUAUAAAAAUGACAAACAAACGAAAAAAUACAAGAUUUUUGGAAUGACGAUCGGUUGAUAAAUUUAAUAAAUUUUGUUGUAUAAAAACGUAGGUAAUCACAAGGAAUUACUCAUAUUUAUAUAUUAAGAAUGUAUAUUUAUACAUACAUAUUGUAUGUAGCAAGAAAAAUGAUCAAAACUUUAAAUCUAUAAUCUAAAUUAAAUCUGUUUUUCGAAUAUGAAAAUUAUAGCGUAGAAUAGAAAAAGGAAAAGACUAUAGUGGCAACUUGUUCUAUUGAAACUUGCUACUAUGUAAUUCCUAUCAUGAAACUUGUCAUAUGCAUAAAACUGUUAUAUUCUAAACUUUGAGGACCAGAAAUACACAAUAAUGCAUUAUUUAUUUUAUCUGUAUACAUACAAAGUGAUCGAAAUGAUCAUUAUAUCAAGUAAAUUAAAAAAAAAGGAAAAAAAAAAUUGUGUUUAGUAUCUUGUAUAUGCGUUACUUCCCUUACGAAGUAAAUUCGGUUUAGAUUAUACGUAAUUAACAUUGUCAUUGAAAUAAUAUAAUAUUUCUUUACUUAAAAUAUCGGAUUUGUUUUCAAUCGAAUAAAAUGAACUUUUUAUGAAAAUUAUCAGAAUUAAAAGGACUUCGACACGUGCUUGUUAAACAUGUAUAAUCUGGAUUCAAGUUUAUAAGUCAUUAUACGGCUCCUUUUACUAUGUAAGAAAGUGAAAGAAUUAAAAUAAAAAAAAAAAAUAAAAAAACUAAAUAAAGAAAAAUAGAAUAUAUCAAUGUCAUGUUUUAAAAUAAAUGUCUAUGAUAAUAUUACCAAGAGGGCCAUUGAUAUUAUUCAAUCGUCGGUUUGAUCUUAUAAUAAAGAUCAAAGUAAAAGAUACUCCAAUAGUAGCCUAGAUGCAAAUGUAAAAACGUCACGAAACUCAUAGAAAUAGAUAGUAUUUUUUUGGUGAAAGUUAGAUCUUAAAAAUCUAUGUGACACCGACAGUAAAAUCUCUUUAUCGGAUUAUAAAUGUAUUUAUUUUGUACUUGACUAUAUUUUUUGCAUUAAUGUAUUUUUCGUAAACAGGCUGAUGUAAUGGAAAACGUCAUACCUCUUAGAAUGCAGCAUCUCGUUUUAUGAAUAUAUUUUACUGUAAUUUGUGUAAACGUAGAUUUUAUAAUGUUGUAAUAAAAGACACUUGUUUUUACCUCGUGUA